AUGGAAGAGGCUCCUGGAAUAUCGGUAGCAGAUAUAUGGAAGGAUAUAGGGCUUGAAUCGAAAGAUAGAAUCAUCGAUGCCCUAGUGGCUAUUGAGAACAAGCUACUCUCGGUAGCCUUUACACGCCUAGUUAGGUAUGGCAACGUUUACUUUGCAAGAGAUUCAUUCCCUGGAUGCGAGAAAGCAGAAAUAUCUAGUAGUAGUAGUCUUCCUCUGGAACUGAAAAUGGAGGUCGAAGAGCGAUUCACGAUUGGUCCAGUGGUAGAGCAUGUGUUUUGGAAGGAGGAUCGGGCAUCAAUGCCAAUCGAACGGGGCCUAUGGAAAACUGCUCAAGAUUAUCUGAAGGCUCUAGAAAAUAACCAAUAUAAUCAGACACGCCAGAAUCAAUCCUGGUUAACCAUCUUUGCACCAUCUUUCUUCUUGGUAGGGGCCAGGAAUGGGACUUCGAUGAAGCAGAAGACUUUGGCUUAA